AUGACCAGUUCUAUCCAUGACCGGCUAUUCGGUGCCAGAAUCCCUACUGGUAAACCAGAAAACGUACUGCAUGGAGACAGAUGUGGAAGAACGCAAGGUCCGGAGACGUUCGUUCGCGACCCAGAUGUCAUGGCCCUCAUCGAUGGGAUGCUCAUCUACGCGCUGGACCUCAUCCGCCAUCCGGAGCAUGCAAGCCGCCUCGCUGCCCCGCUACCGUCCCGCUCCGGCAAAGUGCUUAUGGUAUUCCAGAUAUUCAGGGUCGCCAGGAUCGCGAAUGAGGACGUGCCAGACCGGCUGGAACGAAGCGCCGCGGAACAAAAGAAGAGAUACCGAGAGGGUGGAUACCUCACGAGCAAGUCAAAGAGGCCGGGAUAUUAUCUAGCUCGCACUACGUUCGUGUCGACGCGGCGAACGCUAGGAGCGAUCUAUUUUACAUGA